AAAGUACUUGGCAACCCUUGGGCGCAAUCUGUAACACCGGCAGAGCUCGUGCAUAACGGGAGUGAUCUUUUUAUGCGAUUAACUUAAACAUAAGGCAUCUUUUAUACAGGCACGUUUUCAAGGCUAGAAUAGCGUUAAGGUGUUGGUUCGUCAACACUUCUUCAUCAUCUCUAUAAAUCCUGCGCUAUUUCUGUCGUUUCAAUGGCAAGGCGGCAAUUAAAGGUACAGACGCCUAUCGAUUAUUAUUGUCCAGCCAGCUAGAGGUUGCUCGUGCUGUGUCGGAGUGAAUCUCGAAGGCCAGAGGCGGAUUGGGUGAUCCGGGUGUCCGGGAGAGGAGAGGGAAGAUGGGCUCGGGGUUUCGGAGUGAGGAGAUGUGCUUGGCGCAGCUGUUCCUGCAGUCCGGCUCGGCGUACGCCUGCAUCAGCGAGCUGGGGGAGAUGGGACUGGUCGAAUUUCGAGAUCUCAACCCCAGCGUCAGCUCCUUCCAGCGCCGAUUCGUCAGUGAAAUCAAGAGAUGUGAGGAGAUGGAGAGGAUUCUGGGGUAUCUGCUGAGGGAAAUUAGGAAGGCUAAUAUUGCUGUGCCAGAGGCUGAAGUUCCUCCUGUUGCUCCUGCACCCAAAAAUGUCUUGGAGAUCAUGGAGCAGCUGCAGAGGCUGGAGGUGGAGCUCAGUGAAGUAGCCAAGAAUAAAGAGAAGCUGCAGAGGAACCUGCUGGAGCUGAUGGAGUACACACACAUGCUGAGGAUCACACGCUCAUUCGUGCACAGCCGCUCCAGGCAUGAAGCCUUGGGCCCUCAGUAUGAAGAGUUUCCGUCUUUGGAGACUGAAUCGGUGACAGGCUGCACCAGUAUGCAGAGACUUGGUGCCAAACUCGGGUUUGUCUCAGGAUUGAUCCAGCGGGUGAAGGUGGAGGCGUUUGAACGCAUGCUGUGGCGAGUCUGUAAAGGUUACACCAUUCUCAGCUACGCAGAAGUGGACGAGAGCCUGGCUGAUCUCGACACAGGGGAGAUCAGGAAGAAUGUGGUGUUUCUCAUCUCCUUUUGGGGCGAUCAGAUUGGGCAGAAGGUGCAAAAGAUUUGUGACUGUUACCACUGUCAUAUUUACCCUCAUCCCGAGACAGACGAGGAAAGAGCCGAUGUUAUGGACAGCCUGAGAACACGCAUUCAAGACUUGCACAAUGUUUUGCACCGCACUGAGGAUUACUUGAAGCAGGUCUUGCAUAAAGCUUCAGAGUCAGCCCAGUCUUGGGUUCUGCAGGUGAAGAAGAUGAAGGCCAUUUAUCACAUCCUCAACCUCUGCAGCUUCGAUGUCACAAAUAAGUGUCUCAUUGCUGAAGUGUGGUGUCCUGUCAGUGACCUGGCCAACCUGCGGCGGGCGCUCGAGGAGGGGUCGAGAAAAGGAGAUGCCACAGUCCCAUCUUUUGUGAACCGUAUCCCGAGCAGCGACACUCCACCAACACUUUUAAGGAGCAACAAGUUUACCUCAGGCUUUCAGAGUAUAGUGGAAGCCUAUGGAGUGGGUGACUACAGAGAGGUCAGCCCAGCUCCGUUUACCAUUAUCACUUUUCCCUUCCUGUUUGCGGUCAUGUUCGGAGAUCUUGGUCAUGGAUCAGUCUUGACGCUCUUUGCUUUGUGGAUGGUGUUAACUGAGAAAGAUCACACAAGGAGACGACCAGGAAAUGAGAUCCGGAUGACCUUAUUUGACGGGCGGUACAUCAUACUGAUGAUGGGCUUGUUCUCCAUAUACACUGGGCUCAUUUAUAAUGACUGUUUCUCCAAAUCCCUCAACAUCUUUGGCUCAGCAUGGAGCGUCAAGGCCAUGUUCACAGAACAAGAGUGGACAAAUGAAACUCUACGAUCAAAUAUGUUACUCACCUUGAAUCCCAAUGUUUCGGGUGUUUUCUCUGGGCCGUAUCCUUUGGGCAUUGAUCCAAUCUGGAACAUGGCCGUGAACCGCCUUACCUUCCUCAACUCCUACAAGAUGAAGAUGUCUGUGAUCAUCGGCGUUGUCCACAUGAGCUUCGGUGUUGUGCUCAGUGUCUUUAACCACCUGCACUUCCGACAGAAGUACAAGAUCUAUCUCCUUUUUCUUCCUGAGCUGCUCUUUCUGCUUUGCCUCUUUGGGUACUUGGCCUUUAUGAUCUUUUACAAAUGGCUGGCGUACACAGCACGAGACUCACAGCUGGCACCGAGUAUCCUCAUCCACUUCAUCAACAUGUUCCUAAUGCAGGCCAAUGCCACCUCACCUCUUUAUCCCGGCCAGAUGGGACUGCAGGUGUUUCUGGUGGUGGUGGCGCUGCUGUCGGUGCCAGUGCUGCUGCUUGGCAAACCUCUGUAUCUGUACUGGCUGCAUCACGGCGGGAAGAGUCUGGGGAUCCACAGGGUGUGUCUGUGUUCUUGUGGCUAUGAGCGAGUGCGACGUGUGAGUGAAGAAGAUCUGUCCCCAUCUGUAGUUCAUGAUGAAGAGGAAGGACUGAGCGAAUCAGGAGGCCCUCAAGAGUUUGAUUUCGGAGACGUCUUUCUGCAUCAAGCCAUUCACACCAUAGAGUACAGUCUGGGCUGUAUUUCCAACACAGCCUCCUACUUGCGGCUCUGGGCCCUGAGUCUCGCCCACGCUCAGCUGUCGGAGGUGCUGUGGGCGAUGGUGAUGCGUCUCGGUUUGAGGAUCAGCUCCAGACUGGGCGUUAUUUUCCUUGUGCCAGUGUUCAGUGUGUUUGCUGUGCUCACCAUCUCCAUACUGCUGGUGAUGGAGGGUUUGUCUGCUUUCCUCCAUGCUCUGCGUCUUCACUGGGUGGAAUUUCAGAACAAAUUCUACAGUGGAGCAGGAGUCAAAUUCGCCCCCUUUGACUUCUCCCUGUUACCCUCAGUCUUCGAACAGGAUGGGUUACUCUGAUCGAAACCCACCAGUUUCUGAACAGGACAUCAUAGCUUAUCGUGACCUGUUGACCUUUGGGCAUUGGACAAUUUCAGCAGCUGUAAAGGGAAGAUAAAAACAAGCAUUUUUGCACUGCCCUGUGAAACACGGUCACAGUCAGAACAGCAGGCUACGGUGUUAUUUGUACCAGUUCAUAUCAGAUGUUUCUGGUGCUGGAUUAUCAUCUGUGGCUCCACCAUCAGCUUUCAUUUAAGGAGUGUCAACAAAGUCCUGUUAUAUUAAUCUCAAGAGAUAUGACUUGUAUUUGUAAUUGCAUUAUCUUAAGCAUUUGCUGUCAUAUCGAUUUUCAAAGUGCCAUAAAUAUUUUUCAAUGUACAGUUUUGUAAUGCUACUACACUGAAACGUACUUUUGCUUGCUUUAGUUAGGUCUUAAACAUAGAAGAACAUUUGCAGGUAAAUUAUGGUGUAGGCGAUACUGCACUGUGCUGAGAACAAUGCCAAAUAACAAUUAUAAUUUUCAAUGUUAUAUUAAAGUAUAAUUUUACAGCA